GUUUCAGUACCGCUGCUGUCCACCGGGGGGCGCUGUGAAAUCCAGUCACUAGUCCUGACUGUGAGGGUCGGGAAGCUCCGGAGCGGCGUCGUAAACAUGGCAGACAGCGGGGUGACAGAUGGAGCUGAGAAAAAAGAAGACAUCACGAGAGUAAAGAAUGAGGGGAAGGAGCUGUCGAAGGAGGAGAAGCAGAGGCUGAGGAAGGAGAAGAAAUCGCAGAAGAAGAACAAAGAGAAGAAGGAUGAGCAGGACGCGUUGGCGAGCGAGAGGGAGAAGAACUGCGCUCCCUCCACGCUUUCACAGCCGGCCGCGCAUAAAGCAGAGACGGCCGCCUCUCCACCCGUCCAGGCGGCCGUCUCGGAGCCCCCCGCCCCGGCCGCCGCCGCCCCCCCUGCAGACAAGCCGGCCAAGAGCAAAGCGGAGCUGAAGGCGGAGCGGAGGGCGCGACAGGAGGCCGAGAGGGCCUCGAAACCCGGCAAGAAGGGGGACCCGGGGCCCCAGUCCACGGCCGGCAAGCCCAAGGCCCCGCCCAGCGAGCUGCAGCCAGUGGUGAAGAGGCUUCCUGAACACGUCCAGGUCGACAACCCCGAGGUUCUAAAGAAGCUGGCCAAGAAGUUGGAAAGGCAACAGACCCCCGGUCGCGGUGCUGCUCUGAAGAUCCCCCUGCGGUCCGACUACGGCUACAAGGUCAGCCUGUUCUCCCACCUCCACCAGUACAGCCGCAAGGCCCCCCUCACACAGCAGCUCAGCAUCCCCUCCACGGUGAUCCACCCGGUCAUCGUGCGGCUGGGUCUGCAGUACUCCCAGGGCAUCGUGGCGGGCUCCAACGCCCGCUCCGUGGCCCUGCUGCACGCCUUCAAACAGGUCAUAAGGGACUACGUUACCCCUCCAAACGAGGAGCUGUCUAGAGAUAUGGUGAACAAGCUGAAACCCUAUAUUAGUUUUUUAAAUCAGUGUCGCCCCCUGUCUGCGAGCAUGGGCAACGCAAUCAAAUACAUCAAGAAAGAGAUCUCUAAUAUUCCCAGUCAGUGCAAAGAAGAAGAGGCCAAGACCAAACUACAGGACUGCAUCGACCGCUACAUCAGAGAGAAGAUCGUGCUGGCGGCCAGAGCCAUCUCCAAGUACGCCAUCGAGAAGAUCAGCGACGGCGACGUCAUCCUCGUCUAUGGCUGCUCCUCAUUGGUCAACCACAUCCUGUGCGAGGCCUCUGAAAAGCGCAGGAAGUUCCGGGUGAUCGUGGUGGACAGCCGGCCGCGGCUGGAGGGGCGCGAGGCACUGCGGCGGCUGGUGAAGCACGGGAUCAGCUGCACCUACGUGCUCAUCUCCGCCCUCUCCUACGUGCUGCCCGAGGUAUCCAAAGUGUUCCUUGGGGCCCACGCCCUAUUGGCCAACGGCUACGUGAUGUCUCGCGUCGGGACGUCCCAGAUCGCCCUUGUGGCCAAGGCUUUCAACGUGCCCGUGCUGGUCUGCUGCGAGACCUACAAGUUCUGCGAGAGGGUGCAGACGGAUUCCUUCGUGUCCAACGAGCUAGACGACCCGGACGACCUCAUGGUGACCCGGAAGGGGAAGACCCAGCUGGAGGGCUGGCAGCAGGUGUCCCAGCUGGGCUUGCUGAACCUGGUGUACGACGUGACGCCACCGGACUUCGUGGACCUGGUGAUCACCGACCUGGGCAUGAUCCCCUGCACCUCGGUGCCCGUGGUGCUGCGGGUGAAGAACGUCGACCAAUGACCUCACACACACACUCUGUCACACUCACACACCAUCGAAAGGGCCGUGCUUCUGGCAUGCAAUAAAUAUAUAUCUGAAUAUGA